AUGUCAAAUAGUAGUGAUUUGGUGUCAACUAUGAACUACGUUACAAUGCAAAUCAAUCGUCAUGGACCUACAGUUUUACUUCUUUUCGGCACACUCAGUAAUGUAUUGAACAUUUGUAUUUUAAGAGAACGUUCUCUCAAAAAGAUUCCAUGUACAAUCUAUCUUUGCUGGUCUUCAUUAUCAGCUACUGUAUUCAUUUGGUCAGGAUUAUUAACACGAGUACUUCAAGGUUACAGCAUCAAUUGGCCGAAUGAAAAUCAGCUUCUUUGUAAAACUCGUUUGUACUUGCUGAACAUUAGUUGGUCAUCAGCUAUUUGGAUUCUUGUUGGAGCAAACAUUGAUCGAUUUUUGUGUAGUCAUCAAUCAGUUGCUUAUCGUCGACUGAUCUACACUGAGGUAUUGCAUUGUGUGGAAGCAAGAGUUCCCAAUGUCCCUGUGUCUUGUUAUGGUCGAGAUCUUCCCUGUCGAAUUAUUAAUGAUUGGGUAUCGUGCGUUUUGGUAUUGGAUUUACCAUUUGGACUCUAUCGUUCAUACGCUAGUGUAACAGUCGAUGUAUCUAAAAGUCAAUAUCGUGUGGCUAUUGAAAAUUUUAUAUACUCUUUGAUCGUUCUCUUAGUACAUUUUACUCAUUCAACGUCUUUCUACAUCUAUACAUUGACCGGUACGCUUUAUCGUGCAACGUUCAAUCGUCUUAAACGUCGUUAUUUCAAUUUCGAUUUCGAUUGA